AUAAUCCUGAAGAAAUGACUUUUUCUCCACCACGCGGCUUUUUCUGUAUCUAACUAUAUCUGUGUAGAAUAGGUUAGAUUUUUAGCGGUUGUAACCAUUAGUUACCUCACUGUAUAACUAUCAUUUAUUUUUUUCUAUAUUUGUUUGACAUCUACUAAAUAAUUUUAGACAUAUAUUUGGAAAAUUAAUUAUUAAAAAUGGUCUUGUUGGGUGAAACUUUUUCAAAUUUUACAGCAUCAACCACUGAAGGAACUAUUAAAUUCCAUGAAUGGCUGGGUGAUUCGUGGGGUAUCUUAUUUUCUCAUCCGAAUGAUUUUACGCCAGUUUGUACAACUGAAUUAGCUCGUGUUGUCCAAUUAAUGCCGGAGUUUAAACGUCUCGGUAUCAAAGUUAUUGCGAUGUCUUGCAAUUCCAUUGAAAGUCACAUAAAUUGGAUUGAGGAUAUUAAAAGCUACGCCGAAACUUCUGUGGAACAGUUUCCAUAUCCAAUAAUAGAAGAUGAAUCUCGUACAUUAUCUACGUCUCUGGGAAUGUUAGAUCCUAAUGAGCUAGACAGUAAUGGACUUCCUUUAUCAGCACGAGCAGUAUUCAUCGUAGAUCCUAACAAGAAAAUGCGUUUAUCAAUUUUAUAUCCAGCAACUACUGGGCGAAACUUUGAUGAAAUUUUAAGAGUUAUUGAAUCUCUUCAGUUGACUGAUAAAUAUUCAGUGGCAACUCCUGUUGAUUGGAAGAUGGGUGAAGAUGUAAUGGUUCAGCCUAGCGUACCUAAUGAAAUAGCCAAAGAAUUAUACGGAGAGAAGUUAAAAAUAUUGAACUUGCCUUCGACUAAACCAUAUUUGCGUAUAGUACCGCAACCAACGGACUCGAUACAAAAUUAAAAUUUAUAAGCACAUAUCACUUCCUAAAUUUUUAUACUGGCUUAUAAAAAAGUUUUAUAUUUUGCUUAAAUUAUUUUUGAAAUAAAUCCUGUUAACACAAUU